AUGAGAUUCACACUGUCAUUAGUUGCUUGCCAUAUGAAGGCAAUGCCCUUGAAAGCCAUUAAAGAGCUUCCUGUCUUGAAGCAUUACUUCCAAGCCGUCGAAACUCUUCGGCAGUCUUGUCUCGAAUGGACGCUAUUCCAGAAUGGAUGUUUCUUGGACUACUGGGGCCACCCGCACAUCAAGUCUUACCUGCGCCCGUCUCCUUUUGGCAUUGAUAUCGCGGGCAAGGUAGCAGCCAUCCCAGGCGAUGGUGAUGCGCGCUUCACGGUGACAUAUUCUUUUGAUGUUGCCAAAUACGUGGUGGCAGCUCUGGACCUUGAUGAGUGGCCUGAAACCACGAGGAUUGCGGGUGAUGUCAUCACUUGGAAGGAAUUUGUCAACUUGGCCGAAAGCACCACGGGUGCAGGGUCAAAAUUCGAGGUUUUCUACGAUCCUAUCGAGAAACUCGAGAAGGGUGAAUUAACCGAACUGCCUUCGCAGGUUCCGUGUUACACUACAUUCCCCAAACCUCAGUUUCAGUGGUUCAUGUCUAUUUUCUCCAAGUGGACAGCUGAUGAAGAAAUCUGUUUCGUUCCAGGAGAACUCAACGCCAAGUUUCCUGAUAUACAGCCAAUGACUGUCAAAGCCAUGUUGAAGACAUAUUGGGGGGCGUGA